AUGGGAUUGAAAUCUCUAGCUAACAAAGCUAAGGGUAAACGUCCAAUUAUUGAAGAGGAGGAUUCUGAUUUUGCUCCUCCUUUAACCAAGCUUUCUACGUUUUUGUUUAUUCUAGUAUCAAUACGAUUUCAGAUAUUUGCAGUUUAUAUUCGUAUGGUUGUUUCUGUCUGGGACUACAAAUUUAGUCCCUAUGAUUAUUACAGAUCUAAAUGUGUUUGCACUAACCUUUUUUCUAUUAUUGAUAAUAUUAAGAAAACUUUAUCUGUCAAUUUACUGUCCAUAUUUCGUGAUACUCAAUUUGGUCAUUUCCUAGAUAUGCUUGAGUAUGUUUUCCAUCCCCAAGUUGUUCAUAGUCUAUUAUUGAGGGAAGUUUACCAGCCCAAUCCUAAAAAAUUUUGGGCUAAGGUUGCUGGCUGUUGCAUACGGUUUAGUGUUGAGAAGUUUUAUUUGAUUACUGGAAUUGAUUGUUUUGGUGAUUGCAACACGUUGUUGUUUUCACAGGAAUCAAAUCAGUUGGUAGAAAUUUGUUUCCGUGGUGUGAAAACCAUUGACCACAAAGCUAUUAAGGAUGCUUUUUUGGGUAGUAGGUGGGGUUUGGAUGAGUCCCUUGGAUUGAAACUGGCUGUGUUGUAUUUUAUUCAGUGUUCUCUUCUUAGUAAUACUCCUGAUAAAGAAGUAUCUAGGUUUGAUCUAGAUGUUGUUGAUAGCGGUCGGUGGGACGAGUAUUGUUGA